AUGAGCGCUAGCCCGCGCCCUGCCUGCCUACCAAUAGCUUGGCUACAGUGGAUGCCGGCUGAAAGACAGGAGGCGUAUAUGACCUCCUGUCUGACGACACCCGCCAAUCUGCGCCGCCAGAUCGACGGCGUAUGUAAGCGUCGCUGCUCGUCGGAUGCUAACUCGUUGGCGGCGAGUCCGGCUGCCGACGCUGGCGCGAACUCGGCGGAGAACGCGGGCGUGGACAGCGGCGUGUCCGCUGGCACGCGACUCAUGUGCACUGGCGCCUGGCGGGCGAGACUUCCGGCGGAAGUCUGUGGCACGUCCGCGCUCGCGCGUGCUCUUGCUGAGGGAACUGGCCAGACUCGAGUAAACAAUCUUUAA